CCUCAAGUCCUUGCCCAUCAAGUUUCUUGCUCACAAGAUACAGGUUUUAAAAGGAGCUGCACCAUUAGAGCACUCACAUGAUGCAGAGUGCUGGGUGGCUUCCGUUUUAAAUCCCCGUGGCCAAUCAGCAACGUGCAGGCCUUUGAAAGAUUCCCAGUGCCUUGUUUGAAUUCGAGGGGGAGCAGAGCAAGUUUAGGAGCAUGAAGACAUCAGACAAUGCUGAAAAGCUGGCUCGAGCACCAGCAGACCUCCUGAAAGCCAGGGUCCAGGGAGAUGCAGGUCCCAGUGCCCCAAUGGCCGCCCCACUGUUGAAAAAGAUUCCAGAGGUCUUAGUGGACAAAGGCAGCAGGCGCCUUUAUGUAAGGGGACGCUUUCUGAGUAAAGCAGGCUUUGUCAAAUGCUUUGAGAUCUCAGACCCAGACACAAAGGAGGUGUUCGCAGCCAAGAUGGUGCCUAAGUCUUUGCUCACACCCUCCCAGAAGGAGAAGCUGUCCAAAGAGAUUUCCAUUCACCGCAGCCUCUCACAUCAACACGUCGUAGGCUUCCACAGCGUUUUCGAAGACAGUGAAUUUGUGUUUGUGAUUUUGGAGCUUUGUCGGGAGAGGUCCCUCCUGGCGCUGCACAAGAGGAGGAAAGCCCUGACCCAGCUGGAGGCACGCUACUACCUAAGGCAGAUAAUUCUAGGCUGUCAGUACCUGCACCACAAUCAAGUCAUUCACAGGAACCUUAGGUUGAGCAACGUCUUCCUGAACGAGGAUCUGGAGGUGAAAAUAGGGGGUUUCAGGCUGGCAACCAAAGUGGAAUAUGAAGAGGAACAAAUGAAGACCUUUUGUAGCCCCCAGAACUUCAUAGCUCCCGAAGCGGUGAGACUGGGAAGUUUUGAGGAGGAUGUAUGGUCCAUCGGGUGCAUCAUGUACACCUUGCUAGUGGGCAAGCCACCUUUUGAGACCUCAUUCGAAAAAGAAACCUACCUCCGGAUGAAACCAAAUGAAUACAGUGUUCCCAAGCACAUCAAUCCCGUUGCUGCUUCCCUCAUCCAGAAGAUGCUCCAGGCAAAACCUGCUGCCCGCCCCACCAUUGAGGAGUUGCUCAAAGAUGAGUUCUUCACUUCUGGCUAUAUCCCUGCCCGUCUGCCCAUCACCUGCCUCACCAUCCCACCAAGGUUGUCAGUGGCUCCCAGCGGCCUGGACCCCAGCAGCAGGAAGCCUCUCAUGGUCCUCGAGAAAGGUGUAGAGAGACCCUUGCCUGACCGUCCCUGGGAAAAGGAGGAGCCAGUGGUUUGGGGGACAAGUGAGGCCAUCGAGUGCCACCUCAGUGACAUGCUGCAGCAGCUGACCAGGGUCAAUGCCUCCAAGCCCUCAGAGCGAAGGCAGGUGCGGCAAGAGGAGGCUGAGGAUCCUGCAUGCAUCCCCAUCUUCUGGGUCAGCCAGUGGGUAGACCAAUCAAUGAAGUAUGGACUUGGGUAUCGGCUCUGUGACAACAGUACAGGGGCACUCUUUAAUGACUCAACAUGCCUCGUCCUCUACAAUGAUGGCGACAGCCUCCAGUAUAUAGACCAUGAUGGAAUGGAGUCUUACCCCACCAUGAGCUCCCACCCUGACUCCUUGAUGAAGAAGGUCACUCUCCUCCAGCAUUUCCAAAGUUACAUGAAUGAACACCUGCAGAAGGCAGGGGCCAACAUGAAGGCAGGGGCCAACACCACACCCCGGGAAGGUGAUGAGCUGGCCCGGCUGCCCUACCUGAAAAAAUGGCUCCGCACAAGCCGCGCCAUCAUCUUGCACCUCAGCAAUGGCACUAUACAGAUUAAUUUCUUCCAGGACCACACCAAACUUAUUCUGUGCCCCAUGAUGGCAGCUGUGACCUGCAUCAGCAAGAACCAGGACUUCCACACAUACUGCCUGAGCCUUCUGGAGGAAUAUGGCUGCUGCGAGGAACUGGGUAGACAGCUGUGCUAUGCCCACACCAUGGUAGACAGGCUGCUGAGCUCAAAGUCUACCAGCAGCAGACUCGAGGACAACCCCUAA